AUGAGCAAGAAAAGAAAUAAGACGCGGGUUGGGUUGAACCUGACUACACCGGUUAACGCCGUGAUGCCAGCUAUUGGGGUCCCACACGCAAAAGUGACCAUUCUCGUAAAUUUCAUCAGUGAUCAUUCAGUGCUAAUUUUCGAGAAUUUUGUGUAUUUUUCCGGGCUUUAUCAAUCAUCUAUGAGGAACAGCAAUAAUUCUUGGUUUUUAUCAAUUACCAGUAUUCUGUUAUUGGCCGUUGUGGUUGAUUAUAUAUCAGCAGCUGAUUAUGUACCAACAGAUAACAUUUUAUUGAACUGUGGAGGCCCCCCUGAUUCUAGUGAUACUGAUAAUCGUAAAUGGACAUCAGAUAUUGGAUCGAAGUUUGCAUCUUCUCGCGGAAACUCUUCGACCACCUCUGCUGCCACCCAGAAACCCUCUGUACCCUCUCUUCAGGAGAGUGCAGAGGAAAGUGGCAAAGGUCUCGGAGGAAUGGACAUUGAAGAGGGGACAUUUGACGUCACAUGCAAAGGAAAGAAGGAUCCAAAUGCAUCCACUGGAAUUGAUGGCAACGUUACGGAUUCGAAAAGCAGUGGAAUGUCCAUGAGCAUUGGAGGUCAGAGCCUUGCUAGUACAGAUUCGGACGGAUUGACACCAAGUGCUGUCUUUUCACAGAUCAUGAACCCCAAAGGGCGCUAA